GCGCCCAGCCCCGCCGUGCCCGGCGCUGCCGCCCGCCGGCCCCCGGCACCCCGCAGCACCGGCUCCGGCUGCGGGAAAUGGCGAAAUAGCGGGAACCGGUGGAGGAGAGGGGGCAGAGCCGCCGGCUAUGGCACCUGCUCACAGCUGAGGCGGGGGGGGCUGAAGCCAGCGGCUGGGAGCCUGACCUCGAUUUGUCUGGGGGGCUGCGGGCAGAGGCAGAGCCCAUGAGCUGAGAAAAUAAACAGCAGGAGGAUUUGGGGCAGCAGCAGGAGCAGAAGAGGACCCCCCCCGCCUCCAUCCGCCGCCGGGCCCCCCGGCACUGCCCCGCCGAGACCUGCGGAGUUGGGGGCUGCCCGGCGCCCGCCGCCCUGGCACGGAGGCUGCGGAGCGGAGCGGCGGGGGGCUGCUGUCUAUGUCGUGUGGGGAAAUCUGGUGGAUUUGGUUCUCGCUCGUGGAGGAAGAGCCCGGCGCCGGCACUUGGCUGCGUGGUGUUUUUUGGAGGGCGAAGGAAGGGAUCUCGGCUGAGCCGUGCGGAGGCAGCGCUCGGACAUGAGUUGUCAGCACAUCUGGGGAAUACCGGCUGCGGGUCCGAACGGGAAUUUGCUGGGAUCGUUUAAGCUGCGAUAUUGAUCUUUGUUGUUUUUUUUCGCCGAGGGAUGCACUUGGCAUGAGAAUCAGAGGAUGGAAAUUGUUUGGGAGGUGCUUUUUCUUCUGCAAGCGAAUUUCAUCGUCUGCAUUUCAGCUCAACAAAAUUCACCAAAAAUCCAUGAAGGCUGGUGGGCUUACAAGGAGGUGGUCCAGGGAAGCUUUGUUCCAGUUCCCUCCUUUUGGGGUUUGGUGAACUCAGCCUGGAAUCUGUGCUCUGUUGGGAAAAGGCAGUCACCUGUCAAUAUUGAAACCAGCCAUAUGAUUUUUGAUCCCUUCUUAACUCCACUUCGCAUAAACACAGGGGGAAGAAAGGUCAGCGGGACCAUGUACAACACGGGCAGGCACGUGUCGCUGCGGCUAGACAAGGAGCACCUGGUCAACAUCUCUGGGGGGCCCAUGACCUACAGCCACCGCCUGGAGGAGAUCCGGUUACACUUCGGGAGCGAGGACAGCCAGGGCUCCGAGCACCUCCUCAACGGCCAGGCCUUCUCCGGGGAGGUUCAGCUUAUCCACUACAACCAUGAGCUGUAUACAAAUGUCACAGAGGCUGCAAAGAGUCCCAACGGGCUGGUGGUAGUUUCCAUAUUUAUGAAAGUAUCGGAGUCAUCAAACCCAUUCCUAAACCGAAUGCUGAACAGAGACACCAUAACCAGAAUAACCUAUAAAAAUGAUGCAUACUUACUACAGGGGCUUAAUAUUGAGGAACUGUAUCCAGAAACCUCUAGUUUCAUUACGUAUGAUGGGUCCAUGACAAUUCCACCCUGCUACGAAACAGCAAGCUGGAUAAUCAUGAACAAGCCUGUCUACAUAACAAGGAUGCAGAUGCAUUCUUUACGACUGCUCAGCCAGAAUCAGCCAUCCCAGAUAUUUCUGAGCAUGAGCGACAACUUCCGACCGGUGCAGCCUCUCAACAACCGAUGUAUCCGAACCAACAUCAACUUUAGUUUACAGGGCAAGGACUGUCCCAACAACAGAGCACAGAAACUGCAGUAUAGAGUAAACGAGUGGCUCCUCAAGUAAGUCAGGCAGAGCACGCAGAAGCCAUCACCUCAGCGGAACGGACACGACUUGGAAUGCAGCCAGCCCCCCCUCUGCGGGCUGGGGCAGCGCUGGGAGCGUGCUGCGGGGAGAGCUGCCGCGGGGGGGACUCAGCUCACCAUUCAUCCAUGUGGUCGGUGGUUCAUUAACACACAACCAAGUCAAAAGACAGUAUGGCAGUCAAUGUGAUUACAAUUUUGAUACCGUUUUCCUGAACUAAUUUAGCUUCACAAAGAAAGACUUUUCAGCCUUUGUACAUAGGAAAUUCUUCCUCCUUCCCUUCCCCC